CCAAAACAGAAAAGAAAGCCACCCCAAACGGAACAGGAAAGAAGGCAAAAAAUGGAGACUCCGAACCAAAAUGGCGCCGAAGCUCAUAUCAAAGUGUCUACCCUCAAUUGUAUCGAUCUCUCUAAUCCUGAUAUUCACCAAUCCGUCUCUUUACUCAAGCAGGCAUGUUUGGAUUGUGGGUUUUUCUAUGUGGUAAACCAUGGAAUAAGCCAGGAAUUCAUGGAGGAAGUAUUUGCUCAAAGCAAGAACUUUUUUCGCUGGCCAUUAAAUGAAAAAAUGAAACUUUUGAGGAAUGAAAAGCAUAGAGGCUAUACUCCAGUCCUUGAUGAGCUUCUUGACCCUGAUAAUCAAGUGCAUGUAGGAGACUACAAAGAGGGAUAUUACAUAGGUGUGGAGGCACCUGAAGAUGAUCCUGACUCAGAGAAGCCGUUUUAUGGGCCAAAUGUUUGGCCUGCGGAUGGUGUUUUGCCUGGAUGGAGGCAAACUAUGGAGAAAUUCCAUCAUGAGGCAUUGGAGGUGGCAAAAGCAAUUGCGAGGGUCAUAGCACUUGCACUUGACCUAGAGGUUGAUUUCUUUGAUAAGCCUGAGAUGCUUGGGAAGCCUAUUGCCACCUUGCGCUUACUACACUAUGAAGGUCAAAUUUCUGAUCCCUCAAAAGGAAUAUAUGGAGCUGGAGCACAUUCUGACUAUGGAUUGAUUACGCUCUUGGCAACAGAUGAUGUGAUGGGUCUGCAAAUAUGCAAGGAUAAAGAUGCAAAACCUCAAAAAUGGGAGUAUGUGGCACCUAUAAAAGGAGCUUUCAUAGUCAAUCUUGGGGACAUGCUGGAGCGCUGGAGCAACUGUAUAUUCAAGUCCACUUUGCACAGAGUUUUAGGGAAUGGUCAAGAGAGAUAUUCUGUUGCAUACUUUGUGGAACCUAGUCAUGACUGUCUUGUAGAAUGUUUGCCAACUUGCAAAUCAGAAGAGAAUCCUCCCAAGUUUCCUCCAAUUAGAUGCGGGACAUACCUGAGCCAACGUUACAGGGACACUCAUGCUGAGUUAAGUGUAUAUAAUAAACAUCAAACUUGAAGUCCUCACAGAAUAUGUUUAGGAAAGGUAACCUUUUAAUGUUUGUAAUACAGGGGCAUAUCAAACGUUAGAAAGUCCAUUUUAUUCACUUGUAGAUGUAUUAUAGUAACAGAAAUUAUCAUUCCUAAUAAAGUUAUUACGUGUUCCAAGAUUCCAAAUGGAACCUAUUUUGGCAA